UCCAGUUGGUCCCUUUCCGUGGAAACACCCGCCGUUCACAUCAGCGUUGUUUUCAUUGGUUGCAGCAACGAGAAAAACACGUUGGAAAAUAUAGAAACUUUCAAGAGAAGUAACUGAAAGGACAUCAGUACAAGUUAGUUUAAAAUCCUCCGCUGAGGCCGUUCCCCAACAAUUUUGCAAACCUGCUUUUCUGACGCAUCAGAUUCCAACAAGAUUAUGGCAGAGCAGAGCCACAUGCAAAAGCAGCUGGAUUUACAGAAUGGUAGCUUAGAGGUGGGCUUUGUGGCGAAUUUCCUCGAAGACGAUUCCCAAAACAUGAUGGAGAGUCUGAGCCCGAAGAAAUAUUCUUCCAGUCUGAGAUUUAAAACCAAUGGAGACUAUUCUGGUUCCUAUUUAACCCUCUCACAACCUGUGCCUGCUAAAAGAAGCCCUUCUCCUUUGGGAACCAGUGUCAGAAGUAGCCCCUCCCUGGCCAAAAUCCAGGGAACCAAGCAGUUCUCUUGCGAUGGAAAUGACAAAAAUAUUUCUGUGAAACCUCCCACCCCUUUACGCAGCACUUCACCCUCCCUUAGUGGAUAUCCACUUGGGAGAGCAGACUUUGAUCAUUUUACAGGCCGGGACACUGAAAGGUCCUUGAGGCUUUCAGAGAAGCCUCCCUAUUCCAAAUAUAGCUCAAGGAAUAAAUCCCAUGACAACGUCUACUUUCUCGGAGGGCUGGAAGGCCGAAAAGCAUCUGGCUCACUCCUGACCAUGUGGAAUGGAAGUUCCCUGAGUGAUACUGGCUCCUUGCCCGUCGGUAGGUCAGGGGCAGCCAGCAUGCCUUCAAGCCCAAAGCAAGCCAGGAAAAUAAGCAUCCAGGACAACCUGACACUUCAGCCCAAGCUGACCAGACACAAGGAUCUGGCAUCUGAAAACAUCAGUUUAAGAACUAGGAAGUACUCAAGCAGCAGCCUGAGUCACAUGGGCGCCUAUAGCCGAUCUCUCCCCAGGUUGCACAGAGCCACAGAGAAUCAGCUGGCACCUCUCAGUUUGCCUCCAAGAAGCUCUCUGGGCAAUUACAAACGAACGAAACUGGGGGAAAAGGAUCUACCUCAUAGCAUCACAGACAAUGACAAUUACCUGAAUUUUUCUUCUUUGAGCUCAGGAGCUUUACCCUAUAAAACCUCUGCCUCUGAGGGCAAUCCUUAUGUGAGUUCCACCCUCAGCGUCCCUGCCAGUCCUCGAGUGGCUCGGAAGAUGCUUCUGGCCUCCACCUCCUCCUGUACCUCUGAUGACCUUGAUAGGGCUUCCUACUUUGGGACCAGCCCAGGUCAUUCAUUCCCUCCCGGAGAGCUUGACAGAGCGUUUGUGGCCAGGAGGAACUUCUCAUGUGGGUCUGUUGAGUUUGAUGAUGCAGAUCUGGACAGCCUCAGACAGGCCUCAGGAACCCCCCAGCCUGUCCUUCGGGAACGGAAAAGCAGCAUUAGCUCCAUUUCAGGACGAGAUGACCUGAUGGAUUAUCACCGGCGACAGAGGGAGGAGAGACUCAGGGAGCAGGAGAUGGAGCGAUUGGAGAGACAGCGUCUGGAGACCAUCCUCAGUCUCUGUGCUGAGUACACAAAGCCUGACAGUCAUGUGUCCACUGGCACCACCGUGGCAGAUGUACAGAAAAUCAAUAAGGAACUGGAGAAGCUGCAGCUCUCUGACGAGGAGUCCGUGUUUGAAGAAGCCCUGGUGAGCCCUGACACCAGAUACAGGUGCCACCAGAAAAGCUCUCUCCACGAUGCAGACCUGGCAGGCUUCGGGAGCCUCAGUCAGAGUAGCGCCAGCUUCCUUUCCCUCAGGAGCUCCAGGAAUGAUGAACUGAUCAGGGACCUCACCAGGACUCCCCCACCGCCCUCUGCCUUUCUGAAAGCUUCCAGCGAGUCCGCUUAUCUAAGUAUCCUACCAAAGACCCCAGAGGGUAUAAGUGAAGAACAAAGGAUUCAGGAGUUGACUGCGAUGGAAGAGUCCCGGAUAGCAAUUCUGAACAACCUCGAGGAACUUGAACAAAAAAUCAAAGAUAUAAAUGACCAGAUGGAGGAAUCUUCCAGAGAGUUGGAUAUGGAAUGUGCUCUCUUGGAUGGAGAACAAAAAUCAGAAACAACUGAGCUUAUGAAAGAGAAGGAGAUUUUGGAUCAUCUAAACCGGAAAAUAGCAGAGCUGGAAAAGAACAUUGUUGGUGAAAAGACCAAGGAGAAGGUAAAGCUUGAUGCUGAAAGGGAAAAACUAGAGAGGCUUCAGGAGCUUUACUCCGAGCAGAAGACCCAGCUGGACAAUUGUCCUGAGUCCAUGAGGGAACAGUUGCAACAACAACUGAAGAGGGAUGCUGAUCUGUUGGAUGUGGAGAGCAAACACUUUGAAGACCUGGAAUUCCAGCAGCUUGAGCGUGAGAGCCGUCUAGACGAGGAAAAGGAGAACCUGACCCAGCAGCUCCUGCGUGAAGUGGCUGAAUAUCAACGGAACAUUGUUACUAGAAAGGAAAAAAUUUCUGCAUUGAAAAAGCAAGCUAAUCACAUUGUCCAGCAGGCUCAGAGAGAACAAGAUCAUUUUGUGAAAGAAAAGAGUAACUUAAUAAUGAUGUUACAGAGAGAAAAGGAAAAUCUUUGUAAUUUGGAAAAGAAAUACUCCAGCCUCUCUGGGGGCAAAGGGUUUCCUGUCAACCCCAAUACUCUAAAAGAGGGCUAUAUCAUUGUAAAUGAAAUUAAUGAGCCAUGUGGCAAUUCCACGAAUCUCUCCCCUUCCACUCAGUUCCCUGCUGAUGCUGAUGCUGUUGCCACUGGGCCUACCACAGCUGUGCUGGUGAGCCAGCCACAAAAUAAAGAGCAUUUUAGAAGUCUGGAAGAAAGGAAAAAACAGCACCAAGAAGGCCUCUAUCUGAGUGACACUUUGCCUCGAAAGAAAACCACACCUUCCAUAUCCCCUCAUUUCAGCAGUGCUACUAUGGGGAGAAGCACCACCCCAAAGGGCCACCUGCCCCUGGGACAGAGCAACAGCUGUGGCAGUGUGCUCCCCCACUCGCUGGCAACCAUGACCAAAGACUCAGAAUCUCGGAGGAUGCUCAGAGGAAGAAUGAAUGUCUCAGCAGGAGCAGUUAGCAAUUCCAAAAGUUCAAGUAUCAAAGGAUAUAAUCACCAACAGAUGAGUGAAGGACAAAGGCAGAAGUCUUCUGAAUUUUACAGCCGCACAGCAUCUGAAUCAAAUGUCUACUUGAACAGUUUCCACUACCCAGAUCACAGCUACAAGGACCAGGCCUUUGAUACUCUGAGCCUAGACAGCUCUGACAGCAUGGAGACAAGCAUCUCUGCCUGCUCACCUGACAAUAUCUCUAGUGCCAGCACUUCAAAUAUUGCCCGAAUAGAAGAAAUGGAGAGACUUUUGAAGCAGGCUCAUGCAGAGAAGACAAGGCUUCUUGAAUCCAGGGAACGGGAAAUGGAAGCCAAGAAACGAGCUCUGGAAGAAGAAAAACGACGCCGAGAACUCCUGGAAAAACGAUUGCAGGAAGAAACCAGCCAGAGGCAGAAGUUAAUUGAAAAGGAAGUAAAAAUAAGGGAGAAACAAAGGGCACAGGCUCGACCUCUGACCCGUUAUCUGCCUAUCCGGAAGGAAGACUUUGAUUUGCGCAGCCACGUGGAGACUGCUGGCCACAAUAUUGAUACCUGUUAUCAUGUGUCAAUCACAGAGAAGACCUGCAGAGGAUUCCUCAUCAAAAUGGGUGGAAAAAUUAAAACUUGGAAAAAACGUUGGUUUGUUUUUGAUCGGAACAAGCGCACCUUCUCUUAUUAUGCAGACAAGCAUGAAGCUAAAUUAAAAGGAGUAAUAUACUUUCAAGCCAUUGAAGAAGUAUAUUAUGAUCACCUCAAGAAUGCUAAUAAGAGUCCUAAUCCAUUACUCACCUUUAGCGUCAAGACGCAUGACAGAAUCUACUAUAUGGUGGCCCCAUCGCCAGAAGCCAUGCGGAUCUGGAUGGAUGUUAUAGUUACUGGGGCGGAAGGUUACACUCACUUCUUGUUGUAGUGAACUAACGCAAUAGUCCACUUCAGGGCAGACUGCAAUAAUUUCUUACAAGAAUAAAGCCAUAUUCAACACCAGGUGGAAAGACCCAACAGACCCAUCCCUUUAACUAUGGAUACUCAGAACUGUUUUCAUAUAAACAGGAAGUCAUUUGUAAAAGGGAAAGAAGGGAUUUUAAUUCAAAGCUUGAGCGUAAAUAACUCAAAGCUUGAUCAUAAAUAGCAAAGAAUUGAAGCGCCUAGGAGAAAGAAAACACUAUUUUGGUAAAUAGCAUCACUUAUAGGAACAUUUCUUAUAAAUUCUUUUUUAUCAGUUGUUGAUUUUGGUGAAAUAAACUAAACCGUUUACAAAUGUCUAUAUGUACUUGGAAAAUAUGAAAUUAUUUUAGCACCCAAAUCAUUGGCAUUGACUUUACUGGUAAUCAACUGGCUUUUUUGAAAAAGGAGUAUUUUGCUGAAUGUUAUUUUAUAAAUAUAAGCAAAUAAGGGCUUGGAAGGGACUAUAUUGUACGAGGAGUUUGGCCCUACACCAAAACCAAAGACUUGAUAUCACCUCUGUUUAACACUAGUAGUUUCAAGUGAUGAACUGCAGUUAGUGUUAUUCUACAUUUUUAAAUGGUACUUUGAUGCCAACAAGUGCCCAGGAAGUUGACUUUGAAGAAUCACCACCAGCAUAAGCUACUGUACAUAUAUAAGCAAACUACUCUUUGUAAAAGAAGAACAAAAAGCUGUGUGUUUUCGGAAGAAGCAGUCUUAGACAUUCUGUCACAUUGGGCAAUUUAAAAUAAAGAGAAUACUUAGGAGCUAUUUUGAUGAAGAUUUCUCCAUUCCCAGUACUGAGAAUAAAGGCAACCAGUAGCCGAUUUUCUUUAUAUUAUCUGAUUUCUCUUUGUUGCAGCCUCACAUGACGUAACUAUGAAAUACAGCUGUUUUCACCAAAGAACAGAUCAAUUAAAAUCCUUAUUUACAGAAGUAUUGUGAUUCCAUUAAAAGGCAAAUGAAGUGCAACUUAAUGUACUCUGUAAUGUACUAUUUUAUUACGUAUUUUCUUUACAAUUAGCCUUUGUUUUUUAGAGUUAAAUUAAUUUUUGUUGAAUGAAAUGACUUCAGGAAAGUCCUUUUAUAACGAUUUUCAAAUGCCAUUUAUCCUGGUUUGUCAUGUUGUGUGCGUUUGUAAGUAUGAAUGUACUCUUUCUACACAUUGGCAAAAGAAUAGAAGCAGAAAAUAAUGACAUUACUUACUAGUACAAGCGAAAUGAUUAGAUCAGAAGUGUCUGUAAAAUCUUUGUCAGGCCUGCCUGGGUACAAUUUUUUUUUUUUAUUUGCAGUGGUUUGUAUACAUGUUGCCAAUAAUAAGAUUUUGCAACUGGAUGACACAUGAUUUUACUUGAACAGUGAAGGACAAAAUCACAAUUGCAGAAGACAUUUUUAUAAUCUUUUUUUUCAGAGAUCACCCCUAAACCCUGUAAUGAGAGUGAAAUGCAAUUGCUAAACUUUUGUUGGUUAAUGUAAAGAUAUAACUUUUCUGAACUGUACUUUACCUUCUUCAUAGGAUUGUAAAGAUAUUCUAAUCAACUUUAUGCCUUGCAUGAUAUAGUAAACCUUUCCAAUAUGUGUGUUAAAAUAUGUUGAGUUUGGAUUAAAAUAUUGACCAGAUUUCACA